CCUCGGGCAGUGCAGCACAUUCCGUGCUUCAGCCCAGGGCUAAGGUGCCCCGGGGCCCACGGCAGCCCUGCGAGGGACAGGCUUUGGGAGAUGCGCAUCAGCGGGGGCUGGCACGGGAAGGAGGAGCUGUGCCAGCUGUGCCGUGCACCUGGAGCUUGGCCGAGCGAGGAAUAACAUGCUUGGAAGUACUUGGUAGUGUUGAUCACCUGUACCCCAGCACGAAAGCUCCAGCUUAAUCCUUUUCAAACGCUUCUCAGAACAUGGGGGAAAACGAUGUUGAAAAAUACAGUCAAGCUGGCCAGAUAUUUGAAAACUUUGUACAAGCGUCAACAUGCAAAGGUACCAUUCAGGCCUUUAAUAUUCUCACUCGCCAACUUGAAUUAGAUCCUUUGGACAAUAGGAACUUUUACACCAAACUGAAGUCAAGAGUGACCACGUGGAAGGCCAAAGCUUUGUGGAACAAGCUUGAUAAAAGAGCAAGUCACAAAGAGUAUAAACGUGGAAAAUCUUGUAUGAACACUAAGUGUUUAAUUAUUGGAGGUGGCCCAUGUGGCUUGCGGACUGCCAUAGAACUUGCCUUCCUGGGAGCCAAAGUUGUCGUCGUGGAGAAGCGGGACACUUUUUCAAGAAACAAUGUGUUGCAUCUAUGGCCAUUUACAAUCCAUGACCUCCGGGGGCUGGGAGCAAAGAAAUUCUAUGGAAAAUUCUGUGCAGGAUCUAUUGAUCACAUCAGUAUUCGACAACUUCAACUAAUCCUCUUCAAAGUUGCACUUAUACUAGGAGUUGAAAUCCAUGUGAAUCUAGAAUUCGUGAAAGUCCUGGAACCUCCCGAAGAUCAAGAAAACCAAAAGAUAGGUUGGAGGGCUGAAUUUCUCCCUAUGGAUCACCCUUUGUCAGAGUAUGAAUUUGAUGUUAUUAUUGGUGCAGAUGGCCGCAGGAACACAUUAGAAGGUUUCAGGAGGAAAGAGUUUCGUGGAAAGCUGGCUAUAGCUAUCACUGCCAAUUUUAUAAACAGAAAUACAACUGCAGAAGCGAAGGUAGAAGAAAUUAGUGGUGUUGCUUUCAUCUUCAAUCAGAAGUUCUUCCAGGACCUUAAAGAGGAAACGGGAAUUGAUCUGGAGAAUAUUGUUUACUAUAAAGAUAGCACUCAUUAUUUUGUGAUGACAGCAAAAAAGCAGAGUCUUCUGGACAAAGGAGUGAUUAUUAAUGACUAUAUUGAUACUGAGUUGCUCCUCUGUGGGGAAAAUGUGAACCAGAGCAAUUUGCUGUCCUAUGCCAGAGAAGCUGCUGACUUUGCGACCAAUUACCAGCUGCCUUCCUUGGAUUUUGCAAUCAAUCACUAUGGGCAACCAGACGUAGCAAUGUUUGAUUUUACUUCCAUGUACGCAUCUGAAAAUGCUGCACUAGUGAGGGAGAGGCACAGGCAUCAGCUCCUGGUGGCGCUUGUUGGAGAUAGUUUGCUUGAGCCCUUCUGGCCAAUGGGUACUGGCUGUGCAAGAGGCUUCUUAGCUGCUUUUGAUACUGCAUGGAUGGUGCGGAGCUGGGCUCAAGGAAAACCCUCGUUAGAAAUCCUUGCUGAACGAGAGAGCAUUUAUCGACUCUUGCCUCAGACUACCCCUGAAAAUAUUAACAAGAACUUUGACCAGUAUACAAUUGAUCCAGGAACAAGAUACCCGAACUUGAACUCAAGCUGUGUUCGACCUCACCAGGUGAGACAAUUAUAUGUUACCAAUGAGUUACAGCAAUGUCCUCUUGAAAGAGUGGGCUCUGUUAGAAGAUCAGUGAAUCUCUCAAGACAUGAGUCAGAUAUUCGACCUAACAAGCUUUUGACCUGGUGUCAGAAACAAACAGAAGGGUACCGUAACGUUAGCAUCACAGACCUGACUACCUCCUGGAAAAGUGGCCUUGCAUUGUGUGCAAUUAUCCAUCGCUUCAGACCUGACCUCAUCGACUUUGAUGCUCUGAACGAAGAGGACGUUGUCAAAAACAACCAGCUGGCAUUCGAUGUGGCUGAGCAGGAGUUUGGGAUCCCCCCUGUGACCACAGGGAAGGAGGUGGGGUCGGCCGGGGAGCCCGACAAGCUCAGCAUGGUCAUGUACCUCUCCAAGUUUUACGAACUCUUCAGGGGCACGCCUCUGCGGGCAGUAGAUGCUGGUGACAAGCAAAAUGGAGAAAACAAUGAUCUUUGUUCAGCAAAAUCAUCGAACUUCAUCUUUAAUAAUUAUAUCAAUUUAACUUUACCAAGAAAACGAGUACCAAAGGUUGAAGGGAAUACGGAAGAAAAUGAGACUAACAAAAGACGUCGAAAAGGUCUUUUUGGUGUCUUUGAGGAGGCUUCAAGCUUUUCAAGCCAAGAGACAAAUGCUGGGAAAGAACAGAGUGACGGCAGAGAAGGAACGAACCAGAAUAAAGUUAAAUCAAUGGCAACUCAACUGUUGGCAAAGUUUGAAGAGAAUGCUCCAAAUACAAUUUUUCGGAGGCAGGAGCUAAUAGAUAGACCAGCCCUGCUCUCUUCUGACCCUCCUGUUAAUCCUCGCUUUGCUAAACCUAAGGAUCCAAAUCAUCUUCCACCUCAACCAAAAAGGCAGUUUCAGGUGGUAGCUAGGAGUGAGCACGAGGUCAGGGAGCCCAAACAGUCUUUAAACGGUUCUGAUCAUAUGGCCAGGAGAGCAAGGACUGUACAAAAACCAGAUACCCAGCCCAGUCUGUCAGAAACCUCUGAAAAUCUUGCAUCUGCCUGUUCUGCUGCAUUUGUACUUUCUGGAGUGCUUGAGCGUCUUCAGCACCUGGAGGAAAAAAUGAAACAGAAAAGAGCUCAGACCAUAGCAAAUAGGGAAUUCCAUAAAAAGAACAUUAAAGAAAAAGCAGCACAUCUUGCCUCAAUGUUUGGCUACAUGGAGUUUCCAAAGAAUAAGCUACCUACUAAAGGCUUAUCCCAUUCUCAGCCCCCAACUCCCUCUUGCCCUCCACCUCACGAUUCAGCUGCUGCCUCUUCUCCAUCAUCUGUUGGUUCAGCUUCCCCUGCUGUUCCUUCUAGACAGAUGACUGUAGGAAAGGUCUCACAUGCGGUUGGAGCUGUGGCUGAAGUUCUUGUCAAUCUGUAUGUGAAUGAUCACAGAUCCAAGCCACAGCUUCCUCCCCUUGAACUGGGUUCUCUGCGAAAAGAAUUUCCUCAGUCUAUUGGGGGGAGUGACAUUUGUUAUUUCUGCAAAAAACGGGUAUAUGUUAUGGAGCGGCAGAGUGCAGAAGGCCACUUCUUUCACAGGGAGUGCUUCAAGUGUGAAAUAUGUUCAACAACACUCCGUUUAGGAAUUUAUGCCUUUGAUGUUGAAGAAGGCAAAUUUUACUGUAAACCUCAUUUUACGCACUGUAAAAUCAGUACAAAACACAGAAAGAGAAGAGCAACAUUACAGAUCCAAGGAAAGGAGGCAACAGAAGCAUGGAAGAAAGAGGAACCCAAACCCACAGAGGCCGCCACAGAAAGCACUUUGUCUGCUGCUAGCAGUCCAGAGGACAGGUCCCCAGACCGCUGCCUGCCCAUGGCCAAUGAGCCCACCUCCCCCAAGAAGGCGAAGAGCAUCCCCGAGCGCCGUGACUUGGAGAGCUGGUUCUCGCCCCCUUCCCCCGAAUGGGCCACAGUGAGGAUCAUCCCUGAGGAGGAGAUGACCGAGCACAACCUUCUUGCUAUCCGAGUCAUGGUCACCAGUGAUACAAGCAGCUCUGAAUUGGAGUCUGAUUUUAACAGCAACUCACCAAACUCUGAAGUGAGUGAAGGACAGACCUCACUGCUGGAGCCCCCCGCCUGCCCGAGCCCUGGCCGGAGGUGGGCAUCACUCACCAGGAGCCCUGUGGUGCCAGAGGAAACCCCCAAAACAUACAAAGUUGCAGAUGCACUACAGAGAGCCAAUAGUUUUCACUCCACAGCAUUAAAUAAGUAUCAGAAUUGGAGAAGAAAACUUCAAACAAGCUUCCCUCUGCUGUCCAGCAAGAAACCCGGGUUACAUGGGAAGGACAGCUCAUCCAGCUGUCAAAGUGGUCCUGGAGAGGAUCACUCCCAAACACAGUUGACUACAUACAAGAAAUCACCAGAAGUUACAAGAGGACAUUUCAGACCCUACAGCCCAGUAUUUCAAAUAAAAGAAAAAGCCAGAGAGAUGCCUGAAGACAUCUGUCUCUAUGUACCCCAUUGUCCUUUGCAGAGCAGCACCAGAGGUUCUCCAUGGACCCCUCCUGGGAAUGGGACACUGGCUGCUGAUUUUUCUGAGCCUGAAGAUACAGAUAGUGCCACUGGGACGUACACAUCUCAGGGAUGGAAGGAAAUAAAACAGAAAUAUACCUCUGAACCAGAAGAUUUUAAUAGGAAGACAAAAGUGCUGUCAUCUCUGGAUUUGAAAGAGGAAGAUGGCAAAAAUACAAAGCACUCAGAAGAAAAGCUUGAGCAAGAAUUAAAGGAGGCAAAAAAGAGGCUGGUGCUUUGUACUCAACAGCGACCCAUGUCGUACGAUUCAAAUGGGACAGACUUAGAUGGAACCAGUCCAGGGUAUCAAAACAAAGGAGUGCUAUGGACUUCAGAGGAGAAGGGUGAUGACAGGAGAAAAGAUGUGUUCAAACUGUCUGGUCGUCCUGUGCCUCUCUUAUCUGGAGAUGAUGCUUCACCAACUUUGCCAGUUGACAGAAAAGAUGCUCUGAAGAGUCUAGAUGCAGCUGGCCAGCCAAAAUCACCACUGAGACUCAUAGCCAGUGCUAUCAAAAGGUCCAUUUUGGAGCCUCUAACCUCAUCUCCAGAAGGAUUAAAGCAGGACUCAGACAGCAGAGUCAAAGCCUCUUCAGAACAAGAUUUCUUCAACUUCCCCAGCACUCCCAGCUAUUCCCUAAGCCAAAGGAACAGUAACAAUAAUAGUGCAAAUAACGCACAGCCACAGGAGCCUAAAGUAGGGGAGUGGGCAGGAGAAUAUUUAGGAAAUGGGAGCAUUUUCUCAAAUCCAUCCAAUUUUUCUGUCAGCUCUGAAGAGAGAUCUCUAAGGGAUUACAGGAAGGAGAUAUCCUUCCCAGUCUACAGUCCUCACACCAGGCCUUCCAAGACAACCAGUAUACCUCAGAAAUCAUCUUGUACUAGGAUGGAGGACGUCCCAGGACUCCUAGAAAAGUUUACCUUUAAAGAUACUCCUCCAGGGGCUUCCAUGGAUGGUGUGUUUAUCUGUAAUGAAAGGUACCCCCUUCUUUCAUCUCCAGAGCCUAAGAACACCUCCAAGGACAAUCUGGAUGACUGUGCACAGAAGAAUAGUCUUGGGUUACUCUUCAACAGACUAAGAAGUAAAGGUCAUGACAGAGAAGGGAAUUCCUUUGUGUCAUCUCUGCCUUUCAUGAAGGACCGUUCUCCAGAAGAAAGGCUAUGUUAUCCUUCCACAGAAUGUGAACACUUACCUGUCAGAAAACAAGCUACUGAGUAUUCUACUUCUUCCUCUGAUGAUGAAUUUGAAUCCAAGCCUUCAUUAACACACAAGGCAAAAAAUGCUCUCAGAAGGAGAAGGAAGCUGGAGAAGGAGACAAAGCAAUUGAUUAAACAAGAGGAGCUGAAGAGGCUUCACAAAGCACAGGCAGUCCAGCGCCAACUAGAAGAAUUGGAGGAAAGACAAAGAGCUCUGGAGAUUUUUGGUGUCAAAUUGGAGAGAGAACUAAGAGGAGAAUCAGAUUCAGGCACAAAGGAUGAAACUCAGAUGCUACAUGAAUGGUUUGAACUGGUCCUGGAGAAGAAUAAAUUAAUGCGUUAUGAGUCUGAGCUCCUGAUUAUAGCCCAAGAGCUAGAACUGGAGGACCACCAAAGCAGGUUGGAACAAAAGCUGAGAGAGAAAAUGGCCAUUGAUGACAGCCUUAAAGAUGAGAUUGAUCUGAAUGAAGAGGAUGAAAUUUUUACUGAGAUGAUGAAAGUGGUUGAAGAAAGGGACAAACUCGUGUCUACCUUAGAGGAGCAGAGAGUGAAAGAAAAAGCAGAAGACCAGCACUUUGAAAGCAUUAUGUUAUCUAGAGGCUAUCAGCUGGGCAGGAUUUAAACAGCUACAUGCAAGUAAACAUUAUUUCAUCAAUAUUUGUAAUCAUGAAGAUACAGUCUUCUUAAAAAUGAAGGAAUUCAAAUCGAAUAUUAGUUUUUUGGGGAAACAUGUUGGUUUGUUAUCAAAAGCUCUUAAGCAGUUCUUUUGCUCAUACUGGAGUGAGUCAUUUCACUAUCAGCUUAAAGGAUCACUAAAAUACAGAAUAGGACUGAAUUUACCUGUCUGAUGGGCAUCAGGGUCUGUGGAAGGGAAAUCAGAGCUCAGUUGUUUUUUUUGAAUUUUAUUUUAAUGCUGAGAAUAGAGUUCCUGAGAAACAAGAUGACAUCUGAAUCUAUAUGUAAUGUUGUUAAUAUUUUGAUACAGCAAGCCCAUGUUGAACUAUUUAAAGGUGAGAAAGCAAGCAUCUUGUAUAGAAAUAAGGUUAAUUUUUAUUUCUGGUGGAGGAAGGGUCUAAUAACGACAUAGAAGCACUCAUUAAAACUACUGUAAAUGUGAUGUCAGAAAUUAUUUUUCCAGGUAUUUGUAAGUUUUAGUGCACUGCGUAUUUUUGAAUAAGAAUUAAAGCAAUAUUAAAUCCCUAAAUUUUGUAAAAUGGUAAGGGAUUAUCAAAAGACUGAGUACCCUUAAGACUGUUACAUGCUCAAAAAAGCUAAAAGCUUUUGUAUGUCACAGAUUAAGGUCUUCUCUAAAAUGUGCUAAAUGAUAAUUUAAAAAUAGUGAUCCAGACUAACUGCUUUACAACUGCUUGAUAAAAUACAUCACAAAUAGUAUCAUAGGAUGAUUGGUGCAGCAGUUAAAGAUCUCCCUGAGAACAGUUCCUGAAAAGGGUUGUAAAAGAUGUUGAGUUUGUAAUGUCAACAUUUGAUAGAGUUAUGGGUAUAUUUAAACCAGAUUUAUUUUGCUACUCAAGAAUAUAUAUGCAUAUUUUUUGCUUAGAGGAACUAGCUCCUAUCUUUUUCUCUACAUGCAUUUGUACAUACUGGCAGAGCAGAUGUCCAGAAAUUCUCCUUAGUAUUUGGUGUAAUAUGAGUACUUUCUUAAAUCUGAGAUAAUUCUGCAUUUUACGAUUGCUAGUAUUCCCAACUGUAUGUAUGAUGCACUACAUUUUCAAACUGAAAAAACAAGGAGAAACUGAAAGAGUAUUUCUUUUUGAAUGUCAUUUUACCUCACCCUCUGAGAAGAUUUGAUGUUCUCAUUAUUUCACGAAUGGUGCUAAUUUGCAGCAGUUGCCUAUGGUACAGCCAAAGCUAGAAGCAUUCCAGUUACAAAAGCUUUAAACUAGAAAACCUCUUGGUAAGUACUUGUAGGGUAACAGACACACUGGAUCCUGUCACAGUAAUAUCUGAAUGAUCUUAAGUUUUUGCUGUAUUGGAAGAAAUUCAAAAUACCCUUUCUAAAGAUAAAAGCAAGAUUUUACUGUUGAUCACAGAUAAAUAAUAUACCUCUAUUGGUGCAAGGAAUAUACUGUUGUUCUGCAAUAUUUAUGUAUUUAUAUUUAUUUAUUAGAUUGUUUAAAGAGGAUAAGAGUGUCUGGUUACACUUUACAGUUUGGAUGUUGUCUCUGAUUUUGAUUGAUAAAUGUGUAUUUCUAUCAGCUAUGAAUAGGUAAAGCUGUGCAUAGUAGAGAGCUGGUAAAUAAUUAGUAAUAAAAUAUGAAUUAAGACUUUUAGACAAUGUUCUCAGUUACCAUAACUUGAAGGGAUACUUUUAAAACAUAGCACGUAGAGCUUUAACAGUAUAAUUUGUCUUUCACCACAGUGAAAAGAUAUAGCAGAAUCCUCAAAUUUGCUCCAAUUACCAUCAGACUUUUUUUUUUUUUUUCUCUCAUUCAUAGGCUAAGCAUACCUGAUCUUUUGAUUACAUUUUUGUUGAGAUGGAUUGCAGCAACCGAUUUUUAAACUAACCCUAUUAUUUAAGAUUGACACAAAGUAGGGACAGGCAGGGCAGCAAUAAAUAUUUUAAUUUUCUCUGUUGAGAUCUGCUAGUAUUUCCAGUUUUGUGGAGAAAAUUUCUGGAUUUUAUCACUGUGCCCAGAAGCCUCAUGUCAUCCCACAGAACUAGACUGUCUAAAACAUAUCUACCACAGUUUUAUGUAGAAAAUGGAGAAUCAUAAUGCUUUCAAGGUAUUUUUAAAAAGUUUUAUAGCAAACUUCUUGAUGCUUUGCACAGAAGGGAAUUCAGCAGAAACCUCCAGUUAUAUCAGUCAAAGACUGGGGUUUUUUUCACCUCACUUCUACAGUCUAAAAAGUCCAUUCAUCUUAGUGUUGCUGCUGUACAAAAAGGAAGAGGAAGGGCAGCCUCAGAGAAAUAUGAUGCCCCUAUUCCUGAGGAGGGGAUUGCUCUCCUCUGCCAAAGUCCAGCCUGCUUGCCCAGGAGAGAUGCACACACUGCAAUCUGUCACAUUCAGGAUUCUCUGAAUUCUAUAUAAGCCUUGAGAUUUCAGUUUACAGUAGAUACCUGUUGAUUAUAAAACCAAAUGCAAAAGGGUGCUUUCCUUUUAGCUCCAAAGAUUUACAUUAUUGAGAGUAUCAGAGUCAACAGAAGCUGAGGACCGUCAGCAUUUCAUGGACCUCAAAAAUAUUCUUUGCUAAAAAGAUAUUUUACUGGAUGCCAUGCAGUUGUAAAACAUGCUCCACUCAAAACUGACUGUGUGUCUGCUCUUGGGUGAAAAAACCUGUCAGGCUACUGUUACCCUGCCUGAUAUUAAGUACCUCACAAGAUUACAUCCAAAAAUGCACCGUGCAAGUGAUUUAGAAAAAGAAUAAACUCAAAGACUUUUAAAGUAGGUCUUCAUAUAUCAUGAGAGUAGAGGAGGAAGGGAAAAAAAAGAGAAGCUAUGCACACUGUUCAAAUGUCAAUUUAAUAUGGUUGGCUUGUAGUAGAAAUGUAUUUGAACAUUGGUUUGGUUAUGAGUCUUCUUGCUGCUCAAUCGUUUCUGUAAAUUGACUCACUAACAAUAGAUUUGUUCAUUUUUAAGUCCUUGGCACUGUCAUUGUUGAGUAUAAUGUGAUGUGCUGGAAUGUAUUGACUAAGUCUAAAUGGAGUAGAUGUGAGCAAUUUUCUAUUAAAAAAAAAUAAAAUUAUA